AUGGUGGCCACGCGGCAGGCGGAGAUGGCGGCGGCGCUGAAGGCCCGGGAGGAGCGCCUGGCCCAAGAGGCGAACCAAAAGCCCAAGGGCAAGAGCCGCAAAGCCGAGAAGGAGGCCAGCGGUACGGAGAAGGACAGCAGCCGGGAGGCCAAUGAAGCCUCCGAGGACAAGGCUCAGCCAGAUGCGGCGCCCGCGGAGCCUACGCCGCCCGCGCCGGAGCCCGCGCCGCCUGCGCCGGAGCCGGCGCCCCCAGCGCCGGAGCCACCCGCGGAGCCGGCGCCGCCUGCAGAAGCUGUGCCCGACGUGGAAAUGGGGCAGCCAGAGGCUCAGGUCGAGAAGAGCCAAGAGAAGGAGGAGGAGAAGGAAAAGAAGGAGAAGAAGGAGAAGAAGGAGAAAAAGGAGAAGAAGGAGAAGGAAGCCAAGGCUGAAAAAGAGAAAGAGAGCGAGAAGAAGAAGGAGAAGGCGAAGGAAAAGGAGAAGGAAAAGGAGAAGGAGAAGCAGAAGGAGAAGGACAAGAAGAAGGAUAAGGAGAAACAGAAGGACAAAGACAAGGGAAAGGACAAAGAUAAGGAUUCGGACAGCUCAAAGGAAGAAGAACAGGACCGCAAAACAGAUAAAGAAAAGAAGAAAAAGGAGAAGGAGAAGGAGAAAGAGAAGGAAAAGGAAAAGGAUAAGCAUAAGGACAAGGACAAGGAGAAGCAGAAGGAGAAAGAGAAGGAGAAAGAGAACGAGAAAGAGAAGGAGAAAGAGAAGGACAAGGGCAAAGAGAAGAAGGAGAAGGACAAGACUAAGGAUAGGGAGAG